GUCUCGUAAAUAAAUUGAGUCCCACCUCUCCCUUUCUUUUCCCGCUUCUUCUGCAUUGCUUCUUUCUUUCUUACACUCUCCGUGUGUCCGUUAGCUUUUUCGUCAAUGGCGUCUCGUGUGUUACUGCGGCGAUUGCCUGCUGCAGCGUCGGCCCCCAGUCGGCGAUGGCUCUCUGCGACAACGGCAUUCCGGGCUGUUCAGAAGAAUGUUCCCAAUCCCGAUCCUACGCCUGACUCGCCUACCGUCGCCGUCAUCAAGGACCGCGCGCCGUUUAUGGUCCCCACGUAUGUGCGUCCAGCGCCGGUGAUGGUCAAGGGCCAGGGCUGCUACCUCUGGGAUAUGGAGAACAGACGGUAUCUGGACUUCACGGCGGGAAUUGCAGUCAACUCGCUGGGUCACUGUGAUCCUGAGAUCUCUAAGAUCAUCGCUGAGCAGGCCGAAACGCUCAUCCACGCAUCCAACCUCUAUCAUAACCCGUGGACCGGGGCGCUGAGCAAGCAGAUCAUCGAGCUGACGCACCAGACGGGCGCGAUGCGUGACGCGGCGCAGGUCUUCAUCUCCAACUCUGGCACUGAAGCCAACGAAGCCGCCAUCAAGUUCGCCCGCAAGGUCGGUCGCUCGCUUGACCCCUCGGGGGCGAAGCACGAGUUUGUCUCCUUCCACAACUCCUUCCACGGUCGGACCAUGGGCGCCCUCUCCGCGACGCCCAACCCAAAGUACCAGACGCCGUUUUCCCCGAUGGUCCCGGGCUUCAAGUACGGCAAGUACAACGAGAUCGACCCGCUGGCCACCCUCAUCACCGAGGCGACCUGCGGUGUCAUCGUUGAGCCCAUCCAGGGUGAAGGCGGCGUCCACGCCGCCACGCCGCAGUUCCUUGCCGCCCUGCGCCGCCGCUGCGACGAGGUCGGCGCCGUCCUGAUCUUCGACGAGAUCCAGUGCGGUCUGUCCCGUACGGGCUCCUUCUGGGCCCACGCCCACCCGACCCUCCAGGCCGGCAACACUCCCGCCGCCCACCCGGACAUUCUCACCACCGCCAAAGCUCUCGGCAACGGCAUCCCCAUCGGCGCUGCCAUCAUCUCGGGCAAGACCGUCGCCCCGCACAUCGUCCCGGGAGACCACGGCACCACCUUCGGCGGCAACCCGCUCGCCUGCCGCGUCGCCCACCAUAUCCUCGAGCGUCUCGCCGAGCCUGCCCUCCAGGAAAACGUGCUGGCUCGCUCCAACCAAUUCGUCGCCGGAUUCAAAGCCCUCCAGGACAAAUACCCGGGCCUCAUCGCCGAGGUCCGUGGCCAGGGGCUCAUCCUCGGUGUACAGCUCUCCCCAGAGUUCAUACCCAAGGCGGGUGACCUCAUCACCGCCGCUCGUGAACGCGGCCUCCUCAUCAUCACCGCGGGAGAAGGGUGUGUCCGCUUCGUGCCGCCGUUGAACAUCUCCGAGGCGGAGGUCAAGGCUGGUCUGAAGGUUUUGGAUCAGGCGUUCGAAGCAGUCAGGUCUUAAAACUAAACCCCCCCAAGUCUGUAUAUAUACCACUAUAGAAUAUAAAAGGAUUUUUUAUGUCUUCAAAGCAAUGCUGGUUUCAGUAGAAAUUACCUGUGUAAGAGUUAGAUAUAUCUAGUUAUAUCCUAAGGAGUCCUUGCACCCUCUCCAAUCCCCAUCAACCCACCCGCCAACCCGGUCAUCCGUCGGUCCAGGAGAUCCUCCUCGCUCGCCAGGCUCGUGAAGCUCCUCUCGCGACGGAUCUUCACCCUGGUACCCUCGCUUUGAUCCUUAUUCUGAAGGUCAGGCAAGGCAAUCGACAUCACCGGUCUAUCCUUACGUUUGGCUUUCGAGGGUCUCCCAUUUGGCGAUUGGGGAUGUUCCGUUUCCGCUUGAGCUGGCGAGCUCCCUGGUCCAUCUAAUGGUGUCAGCGGUCGAAU